GUUCAAUGUUAUUUUGAUUUGUGGAGUCAGUCCAUCAAGUAAAUCAGUAAAUUCAGGUCCCGUCAGCAAGGAUGGCAGGGGCCAACAAAAAUGCGUCCCCGAGUUCUCUUUACGCGGAUUUGAAUCGCCAUGGAGCUAAUGGAGAUUACGAGCGAGCUCUCAAAGUUUGCAAUCGAUUGCUGCACGAGUUUCCUGAUGAAGAGAAAGCUUUUCACUGCAAGCUGGUGUGCUUCAUUCAAACAUCAAAAUUCCAAGAGGCUCUCCAGGCUAUAAACAAAAGCUCAAAGUUUUCUGGCAACUUUUCUUUUGAAAAGGCCUAUUGUCAGUACAGACUAAAUUUGCCUAAGGAUUCUCUCGACACCAUCAACGCAGCUGGACCUCUUGACCAAAAGUUGAAGGAGUUGAAAGCCCAAGUUCUUUACCGACUGGAAGACUUUGAAACAUGCUUCGAUGUUUAUCGUGACAUCAUCAAAUCCAACGCUGAUGAUUACGAGGAUGAGCGAGAGACAAAUUUGGCAGCAGUAGUUGCUAAUUUGAGCAUUGAAGGAUCGAAAAGGGACUUGCCUACUUUGCGAGAAUCUUCUUACGAACUUGUCUACAACGCUGCUUGUCGGCUUUUGGGCACUGGACAGCUGCAGGAGGCUGAAAAGAAACUGAAGCAGUCUGAGAAAAUGUGCAGAGAGUCUUUGGUAGAGGAUGGUGUCGCUGAAGAGGACAUCGAAGACGAAAUUAGUAUCGUCAACGUCCAGUUGGCAUUCUGCCUUCAGCAAAUGGGCAGAGAGAAAGAGGCCCAGGUGAUUUACAACAAGGCCCUAAAGCAGAAACCUGACGACAUUGCCCUAGUUGCCAUUGCCAGCAACAACUUGGCCACUCUGAACAGAGAAGGCAAUUUGUUUGACAGCAAGAAGCGCCUCAAAAGUGCCACUGCCGACGGCUUGGAGCACAAACUGACCCACAGGCAGCGCAAGGCCAUCGCCAUAAACCAAAGUCUGCUGGCCGCUCUCACAGGACAGUCGGAGCAGUGUGCCUCUCUCUGCGACAAAGUGGCCAAGCAGUAUCCGUCCUCUCGGGAGGAGUUGGUCUUGAUCAGAGCAACUGCCCUGGCCAGGGACGGAAAGGUCGGUGAUGCUGGAAAGCUGCUGCAAAACGAGAGCAAGCAGUAUCCCAAGAGGAAACUUGAACUUCAAUUAGCUGCUGUGCAAAUGCACCUUGCCGAGGGUGAUAGGAAGACAGCUUGUGACGUUCUCAAGAAUAUGGGAGAUUCGACCUUCUGUCCAGGAGUGGUCAGUGCACUGGUCACUCUCUACUUGGCCAACAAUGACAGGGCCUCUGCCUCGUCAGUUUUGAAAGAUGCUGUGGAGUGGUACAGAAAGAAUAAGACCGGCUCUCAGUCAAACCUAAGCAUGCUUUGGAGACAAGCUGCUGAUUUCCACCUUCGAGGGGGAGAGCCCCAAGUGGCCGCUCGCAGUCUUGAAGAGCUGCUCAAAAUUAAUCCCUCUGACAUGAAAACUUUAGCCCAGCUUGUUAUUGCUUAUGCCCAGUUUGAUCCUAAGAAGGCUCAGGAGUUGAGCAAGAAGCUGCCACCAGUUGGCGAACUGUCACAAAGCACUGACAUUGAUGCCUUGGAGACAUCCAGCUGGAUUAUGGGUACCAAGGUGAUGAAGAAGGUGACAACGAAGGUGGAAGCCAGUCCAAUGACAGGCGAUCUCACUUCUAAGAAAAAGAAGAGAAGGAAGCGUCCUGGAAAAUUGCCCAAGAACUACAUUGCAGGUGCUACUCCCGACCCAGAACGCUGGUUGCCAAGAUACGAGCGCUCUGGAUACAAGAAAAAGAAAGACAGGCGUGUGAAAGAACAACUCAAAGGCUCUCAAGGAACAGCUUAUGGAGCCAGUGAACAAUUUGACAUGUCGGGACGUGUGCCUGCUGCAAAGGCAUCUCCGCAAACCCAUGCCAGUCCUGAUGCUGUUCCCCGAGGUUACCAGAAGAAACAACAGCAGAAGAAAAAGAAGGGUAAAGGAAAGUGGUAAUUUUGCUUUAUGAAUAAAAUUUGUUGCAAAAAAGAAUACUGGU